AUGGAGAACACCUACAGUAAGUAUCUUCAUGCUAAAAUCCGACCAAUUCUCACUCUAUUCCACCUCUCCUUCUUCGUCUGCCACCUUGCCUACGGCGUCCAUGGUAACUCACCUUAUUCUUAUGAUGCAACAGAAAACAUACUUCUCACAUGUGGCUUGUCUUACAGCUUCCUCUCAGAAGAUCAAACACGGAAAUGGUUUGGAGAUAAUAGCUCUCAAUACUUCCCCCUGUUUGAAACCCAAAAUAACGCUUCGAUAGCCUCUGUGGCACCUAAAAAUCCAAGUAGCAGUUCCGAGAAAUACUUCUUGCAAGCACGACUCUCUCAUUCGCCUUUCACAUACAUAUUCAACCUCACGGCCGGUCAAAAGUUUAUCCGCUUGUAUUUCUAUGCAACUUCGUAUCCAGAAUUUGACAACUCGAAAGCUUUCUUCUCUGUUAAAGCAGGUUCUUUUACCCUCUUAAGCAACUUCAGUGCUUCACUUACGGCUGCUGCCAUAGGCCAAGACACCUUUUUCAAAGAAUUCUGUCUCAAUGUGGAAGAAGGUGAAAAGUUAAACAUAACCUUUACUCCGAGUCCAGACUAUCAACAAGCAUACGCAUUCGUCAACGGAAUUGAAAUAGUAUCCAUGCCUACCAAUCUUUAUUACACCGAAGCACCCACUAAGGCAUUAAAAUUUCUAGACCGGCCCACAGAUCCUACAUACAGUAUCGAAAACAGCACAGCCCUGGAGACCGUAUACAGAGUAAAUAUCGGCGGCGGGCUGAUCUCCCCACACCUCGACACCGGCAUGUUUCGAACCUGGUUUGGCAGUUACGCGGAUUACUUGACAUAUGCCAGACCAGGCUAUAUUCGCUUUAACUCUAGUAUGCCUCUCAAUUUCAGCCGGAUGGCUAAUUACACUGCUCCAGCUAAAGUCUAUCAGAGCGCUAUGACGAUGGGACUGGACCAGGAAAUUAAUGCAAACUAUAUCCUCACUUGGGAGUUUCCAGUGGAUUCCGCGUUUACCUAUUUUGUCAGGCUUCAUUUUUGUGAGUUUCAGAUAGAGAUAACAAAAGUUGGUGAUAGAGUGUUUCAGGUCGACAUAGCAAAUGAGACUGCCGAAAAUCAUUUAGACAUAAUUGCUUUGGGUAAUGGUAAUGGUGUUCCAAUAUACAAAGAUUACGCUGUGAUCAUCGGAGGAAAAGGAAAAGAAAAGAAGCAGAAUCUCUCUGUUGCUCUGCACCCAACAGCCAAGUGGAUGAGUACCUACUCUGAUGCUACCUUGAGUGGCGUUGAAAUCUUCAAAGUGGACAAUCAUGGAAAUCUCGCCGGACCUAAUCCUGACCCGAUUCCCCCGUCUUCAGUUCCGCAGCCAAACCCACAACCCAAGAAUAAUAAUAAAACUAUAAUAGCCAUUGUUGUCGGCGUAGCAUCUGGCUUUGUUGUGCUUUCUCUUUUACUUUUAUUCAUUUUCCGGCGAGCCAGAAAAGUUAAGGACUCGGGUUCCAGCACUGGGGCUUCGUUCUGGGCCACAUUUUCUUCAUUUACGACCAAGUCAACCAAGUCACGUGGCUCAUCACUACCGUCCGAUAUUUGUACCCACUUUUCAUUCUCGGAGAUCACAGCGGCUACCAACAACUUCGAUGAUGUGUUCAUAAUUGGAGUUGGAGGGUUUGGUAAUGUGUACAAAGGCUACGUUGAUGAUGGGUCCACGCCUGUUGCCAUCAAACGGCUAAAUCCAGGGUCACAACAGGGGGCCCAGGAAUUUAACACAGAGAUCGAAAUGCUCUCCCGGCUUCGGCACCGUCACUUAGUGUCUCUCAUUGGCUAUUGCAACGAUCAUGGAGAGAUGAUCCUUGUAUACGAUUACAUGUCUCGGGGGACCCUACGUGAACAUCUCUAUGGUUGCGAUAAUCCUCCUCUUUCGUGGAACCAACGUCUCGAACUUUGCAUUGGUGCAGCACAAGGGCUUCAUUAUCUACACACGGGCGCGAAGCACGUUAUCAUUCACCGUGAUGUGAAGACGACAAAUAUUUUGUUGAAUGAGGAAUGGGUGGCUAAGGUUUCUGAUUUUGGAUUAUCAAAAACAGGACCAACGACCAUGUCACAAACACACGUCAGCACAGUGGUGAAGGGCAGUAUUGGGUAUUUAGAUCCUGAAUAUUACAGGCUUCAACAUCUAACUGAGAAAUCUGACGUGUACUCAUUUGGUGUUGUGUUGUUCGAAGUUUUGUGUGCGAGGCCACCUAUACUUCGGACUGGGGAUAAGAAGCAAGUGAGUUUAGCUUUUUGGGCGCAACAAUCUUAUCGUAACGGAACCCUUGAUCAGAUUAUUGAUCCGUUUUUGAAGGGUAAGAUAGCGCCAGAGUGCUUGAACAAAUUUGCGGAGGUGGCAAUGAGUUGCUUGGAUGAUAAUGGAAUGAGACGGCCAUCGAUGAGUGAAGUGGUGUGGGGUCUUGAGUUCGCAUUGCAAUUACAGGAGACUACAGAGAAGAAUGAGAAGUUUGGUAAUGACAAUCAGGAUGGAAGGAAGGACAGUGUUGAUUAUGAUAAGAUUCCGUUGAUGAAAUAUGAAUCUGAUGUUGAUAGCGGGUUUUUGUUCAGUAGCAUUGGUGAACAUGUGUUGGAAUCAAAGAGUAUUAGUACGGUGACACCAACAACCAGUGAUGACCAAAGUCUUACUACUAAAAGUUCUGAUAGUAGGAACGUUUCUGGAGCUGUCUUCUCCGAGGUCAUGAACCCACAAGCGCGAUGAGUAGGAUAUAUAUAUAGAAUCUCUGCUUAAUUUCUGUGUGCUAAAUAAAGGUUAUAUUAUCCCUAGUUUGUUGUUUAUGUUUCCCUUGGAAAUUCAGAAUCAAUCUUGAUGAGACUUGUUUAUGUUGAAA